AUGGACGUCACACGCCUGCUCCUGGCCACUCUGCUGGUCUGCCUGUGCUUCCUCGCCACCCACGGCCACCUGGCGCUGGAGGAGAAGCCCAGAGACGACAGAACCCUGAGGAACAACGCCUCCGUGAGCCUGUUGGAUUGCCCUUCUGUCUCCAUUGUGGCGCUGAACAAGAAAUCCAAACGGGUCAGCAGGAAAGAAGCUGAAAAGAUGAAGAGCUUGUCUAAGAAAAAGGCAUCGGUGAAGACCGCUGGCCCGCCGCCGCCCGGGGGCUGCGUGGCCACCCGCGACAGCUGCAAGCCGCUGGCGCCCGCCUGCUGCGACCCGUGCGCCGCCUGCCUGUGCCGCUUCUUCCGCAGCGUGUGCACCUGCCGCGUCUUCAACCGCUACUGCUGA